AGGCUCAAUUUUACACGUAUGCUUCCGCCCUCGUUGUUUCCUUCUUCUCUUCUCUACUUUGCAACCAAACUGCAGAAGCUUCAUCUAUCCUACCUCUCUUCUAUCCUUCGUCCAUCCUUUUUCCAAACCUACACUGUUAAAAUUAAAAAAUUAUCUCCCAAUAAAAGUACUACUUUUAAACUAGUUCAUAAUAUAGUCGGCCUCCCGGUAAGAAGUCAGAAAGUCGGUUUCUCGAGCUUACCGGACACAAUGGAAUUUCAAGACUUCUUCUACGAAACCCUAAACCCUCUCUCCGCCACCGACCAAACACCGCCGCCUCCUCCACCACUCUCCGACGACUCCGAACCCUACGUCGUGUUCCGCAACCAAAUCUCUCUCUCUACAAUCCAUUGUCAAUCGCCGGAAACCGCCGCACACGACUACUUUUCUCUCGAUGUUGGUGCGGAUGACACCGAAUCUGAAGAGACUUUAAUUUCGACUCCGGCGCCGGCAUCGAGUCCGGCUUCGACUCGAAAAUUGGAACGGCAACUGGAGGGUGGUUGGUUUCGUGCUAAUAGUGGGUUCAGGAGCCCCAUGCUUCAGCUACAUAGAGAGAUACUGGAUUUCUGUGAGUUUCUCUCUCCAACUCCAGAGGAGCAAGCAACAAGAAAAACAGCUGUAGAUAUUGUUUUUGAUGUUAUCAGAUACAUAUGGCCCAACUGCAAGAUAGAGGUUUUCGGGUCGUUCGGGACAGGGCUUUAUCUUCCAACUAGUGAUAUUGAUGUUGUGAUUUUGGGAUCAGAAAUCAAAACCCCUAAAAUUGGCUUACAGGCUCUUUCUAGGGCCCUAUCACAGAGAGGCAUAGCAAAAAAGAUACAGGUGAUUGCAAAAGCACGCGUGCCAAUUAUCAAAUUUGUAGAGAAGAAAAGUGGUGUUGCAUUUGAUAUAAGUUUUGAUUUGCAAAACGGACCAAAAGCUGCUGAGUUUAUAAAGGAUGCUGUAUCUAAGUGGCCCCCAUUACGGCCAUUGUGUUUGAUCUUGAAAGUUUUCUUACAACAAAGAGAGUUGAAUGAGGUCUAUUCUGGUGGAAUUGGUUCAUACGCACUCCUUAUCAUGCUAAUAGCAACGUUGAGGAACCUCCAUGAGAACCAAGCUUCUCCAGAGCAUAACUUGGGAAUCCUUUUGGUUAAGUUCUUUGAUAUUUACGGACGCAAAUUGAACACAUCUGAUGUUGGUGUAUCUUGCAAAGGGGAAGGCACAUUCUUCUUGAAGAGUACCAGAGGGAUGUCAGUUAAUGGACAGCAAAUGCUUAUCGCCAUCGAGGACCCACAGGCACCAGCGAAUGACGUAGGGAAGAACUCCUUUAACUACUACCAGGUUAGAUCAGCUUUUGCUAUGGCUUUCUCAGCACUCACGAAUGCAAAGACCAUUUUAAGCUUAGGUCCCAACAGGAGUAUUCUGGGUACCAUAAUAAGACCAGACCCGGUACUGUUGGAACGAAAAGGAGGGAUUAGUGGGGAGGUGACAUUUGAUAAGUUGCUCCCAGGAGCAGGAGAGUUACUUUCCUCUGGCAAGAAGAGGAAGAAAUCUAAGGAGAAGCAGCCUGCUAAGAAAGUGAAAACAAAUCGGGAGGCGGGGAAGCGGUGGCAGGAAGAAAGUGGCACUAAGAAAGAGAAAGGUACGAAGAAGAAACGUUGGAAACAGUACAUUUGAGUAUUUCUUCAUCCCACUGCCUGGAAUUGCUGGCGGUGAUUGCACAACAACAAUGUGAGACACUGACCCAACCUUUUCAAGCUCAUAUGAGAUCAUCUAGUGCAGAAGGCAGAUUUACUCGAAACCUAGUCAAAGUACGUACGUCUUACUGCUUUGACUUCAAUUUUGAGCUGACAAUAUGUAGAGAUUGUGAUAAUCUUUUGUUGUGUCUAGAUUCUGAGCCAUUCAGUCACUAUAUAAAUAGGCUAUAGCUAUUGUGAUAAUCUUUUGUUGUGUUUGGAUUAUGAGCCAUUCAGUCACUGUAUAAAUAGGCUAUAGCGUCAUGACAGCAAGUUAUAAUUCAAUAUUUAAUGUUCCAUUAUUUCCUUGUGAAUUAUGAUAUAUUUCUUUUUGUAGCA